UCCGGCUCCGUAUUCAUCGAUGGAUCCAUGUUUCUCCCUCGUUCAAGCUUCGGGAAGCGGACGGGCGGCAGUGCCAGGCGACCCAAUGAAUGCUUCGUCCUUGAGCCCUCCGAGAUGAUUGUCAUCGACUACCCAGAAGUCCACGGUGGAGGGAGAAUGCAUCGACCACCGCAUCCCCAUCCCAUAACCGACCACCGUCAGGUCAAUCUUGUCUUCGAUGACACGUUCUCACAGGGCCUUACAGGCAGGCCGGAACUUUAUCAGAAAUCAAACAGAAGCAGUCAUUCGAGUGACACAAGUUCAGCAUACAGUGGAUCCGACACUAUGACAUCUGUACAAAGUUCAUUAGAUGCAGAUCCUGAUGAAGUGGAUUUGUCAGGUCUUGUGGAGUCCAUUGUUGAUAGCGAUGAGGAGGAAGAUCUGGCAGAAAGCAUGGAUAGUUUAACGGUACGUGAUCCUGUACGAGAAUGUUUAGAGAAGGAUCCUGUUGAGAGAACAGAAGACGACAUAGAGACACUUUUAGAAUUUACGCAACAAUUGAAAGCCUUCACAAACAUGACUUUGGCUGUUAGAAGAGCGCUGUGCGCUGUGAUGGUAUUUGCGGUAGUCGAUCGUGCUGGAAUGGUGGUCCUGAAUGACGGCGAGGAACUCGACAGUUGGAGCGUGUUAAUUAACGGUGCUGUUGAGAUUGAGCAUAGCAACAGUGAGAUUGAACAACUCGGUCUCGGUGAUAGCUUUGGUAUUUUGCCGACUAUGGAGAGGCUGUUACAUCGUGGAGUUAUGAGAACAAAGUGCGACGAUUGCCAAUUUGUUUGUGUCACGCAAGCAGAUUAUUUUCGAAUACAACAUCAAGGCGAAGAGAAUACCAGGAGACAUGAAGAGAAUGGAAGGGUAAUUUUAGUGACUGAAUUGCGGGGAGCUUUGGAUGGUGCAGCGCGAAGAGGUCACGUGGUGAUUCGAGGAACGCCAGAGCGUUUGAUGUUACAGCUCAUUGAAGAAAACAGUAUUACAGAUCCUACUUAUGUGGAAGAUUUUUUAUUGACUCAUCGAACGUUUAUUGAUAGUCCGUUGUUAGUCGCAAGUCAAUUGUUGGAGUGGUUUGAUCAAGCCCAAGUGCGAGAUCGCGUUGCUCGCGUCGUGCUCUUAUGGGUGAACAAUCAUUUUACCGAUUUCGAGACUGAUCCAGCGAUGAUGGAAUUUUUAGAAGCAUUUGAAACUGGACUGGAAAGAGAGAAAAUGUUAGGACAGCAAAGGUUGUUAAACAUUGCAUGUGCAGCGAAAGCGAGAACGCGGAAUGUAACGUUAGCCAGGCCAAACAGGGACGAGGUCCUAAAUUUUAGCAUUUUAGGAGGAUUUGAGAGAGGUUUUGGUAUAUUUAUCUCAAAAGUUGACAAGAGAUCCAAGGCUGAAGAUGUUGGUUUAAAGAGAGGCGACCAGAUCUUAGAAGUAAAUGGCCAAAGUUUCGAGCAUGUAAAUCAUGCGAAAGCUCUUGAUAUUUUGAGAGCUUCUACGCAUCUCAGUAUAACUGUAAAAUCUAAUUUACUUGCUUUCAAAGAAAUGCUUCAAAUGCCGGAUAAUUCCCCAAGACCUCGAGGUAGAACAAGUAAGCCGGAAAUACCGAGGCUUCAAUCGGAUCCACGAGCUAGACUAUCAACGCAUGUGGAUCCCAUGACUCCUGUAAAUCCUUUAAAUCCCAUGAUUGGCGGAGUACCAUUAUUAAUCCCAGACAACAAUGUGUCGCCGUGUAAAGACUCUAAAAAAGAGCACAAGGGAUUUAUGACUCUUGGACCUAAACGGCGAUUACAGAAAGCACUUAUGAAAAUGAACAUACUGCCAAAGAAUACGAUCAACGACGGUGUACAUUUGGAUGAUCCUCUUGCUCCACCACACACACCACCGGGAACAGGGCUUACGCAAACUACUACUAAUCUAUAUCAUUCGAAGAGUAAUCCAGAUCUUACGUCACUUUAUUGUUACGACGACUUGAGGGCAAACGAUUAUCCUGAACAUGUGCUCAAAGUAUAUAAAGCUGAUCAAACCUGCAAGUAUCUUCUUAUUCACAAAGAAACAACGGCGCAUGAGGUAGUAAUGCUUGCACUUCAAGAAUUUGGUAUAACAGAAAGUAGUUCAAAUUUCUCUUUGGCGGAAGUAAGCGUCGGCGAAGGUGGCAUGAUUAAACAGCGUAGAUUACCAGAUCAAUUACAGAAUCUUGCUGAACGGAUCGGAUUAAGCUCUCGAUACUACUUGAAAACUAACGGAAUUUCCGAAACUUUAGUAGCUGACGAUCAAGCUCCGGAACUCAUUCGAGAGUCUCAAGUACACUUUCUGCAAUUAAAUGCUGUGGAAGUAGCAAUACAACUGACUUUGCAAGACUUCAGUAUAUUCAGACAAAUCGAGUCCACGGAGUAUGUGGAUGACCUGUUUGAAUUGAAGAGUAGGUAUGGUGUGCCCAUGCUCAGUCAGUUUGCAGAACUAGUCAACAGAGAGAUGUUCUGGGUUGUAACGGAAGUUUGUUCGGAACAUAAUCUCGUACGGCGCAGUAAGAUUAUAAAGCAAUUUAUUAAAAUAGCGCGUCAAUGCAAGGAGUGCAAGAAUUUCAAUUCAAUGUUCGCGAUCGUAUCCGGUUUGGGUCAUGGCUCAGUAUCGAGAUUAAGAGCUUCAUGGGAAAAACUGCCAACCAAAUAUCAAAGAUUGUUCAGCGAUUUACAAGAAUUAAUGGAUCCUAGCCGUAAUAUGAGUAAAUAUCGACAAUUGGUGGCGUCUGAACAAACGCAACCACCUAUAAUACCUUUCUAUCCAGUCGUGAAAAAAGACUUGACUUUUAUACAUCUUGGUAAUGAUUCAAGAGUAGAAGGUCUAGUGAAUUUCGAAAAACUUAGAAUGAUCGCGAAGGAAGUGAGAACAUUAACAAAUAUGUGUUCCUCGCCUUAUGAUUUACUAACUAUGUUAGAAAGGGGUGGGCAACCACCAAGUUCCGCGAUGGUAGCUCUGAACCAAAUGACUACUGGCAAUCAAGGUGGCCAAACUGCGACAGUGAAACGACGAAAAAAAUCCACGGCUGCACCAAAUCCAAAAAAAAUGUUUGAGGAAGCACAGAUGGUUCGAAGAGUGAAGGCCUAUCUUGCGAAUAUGAAAGUGAUCACCGAUGAAGAACGGUUACAUCAACUUUCUGUCGAUUGCGAGCCACAUGCAGGAGCUGUUGCAGUUGCAGCUGCGGUACCAUUGGGUGGCAGUCGGGGAAGGAGGCAUCCAUCGCCUACUCUGUCAACUACUAGUAGCGCCAGUAGUACCAGUGAAGGCAGGAAGAGUAUACAAGGUACAAAAUUCGGCGCCGCGUCGCCACAAGCAGUUAGAAAGAUGUUGGCUUUGUCUGAUCCUCACAAGACACGACCAUAUCAACCUAAGCACUGUGCACCACCGCUACCUGUACCUGGAUUAGCGUUGCAUUCGAGUGGUUUAGAACCUAGUCCAGGUGCACCUAGAAGAGUAGGUUCCGGCAGCAGGGUACCAAUGCACGAACGAUCCCACAGCGAUACACCUGCUAGCUUACCACCGCCUGUCGAUCUCAGUGCAGAGAGCAGUAGUGUAACUAGUUUGAGCAAUCUCCAGCCGUUAAGAAAAACCUUAACAAGUGGUUCGGUGACGAGCAGUGACAGUGGUCAUAGCACUCAGCUGGACAGCCACAGCGGGAGCAGCGUGGAAGCAGGCGGCAGCCCACCGCCAUCGCAAAGACGACACUCCGCUCUGCAAGGGUCUGUUAUAAGAGGCGGAGCACCUCCGUUCCCUCACGCGGUAGCAGUGUUACCUCCGCUUCCCGCCAAUCAGAAUCACAACCACAAUCAUCACCACCAUCAUCACCAUCACCAACAUUAUCACGAUCAUCAUCAUCAUCACCAACCCCCAACUCCUCAAGGUACUACGGGAUUAGGAGUAAACAUGGGCCUAGGGAUGCCAGCUCCGCUACCACCGCCCGGAGCAGGGACCACGACCAUAAUGACAAUGAGUGCCGUGAUGGGCAACAACAUGACAUCGUCGAUACGAUCUGGCAUGAGUAACACACCGCAAUGUCGUCAACCACCGGCAUACAAAGUUGCGCAGCAGAUGGCGAGAUUACACAGACUCGGUCGUGCUAACAGCCACGAGGGGGUCACCUAUCGAGGCACCGAUCACGAAGAUGAUGACGAGGACGCUCAAGUGUCGGCGGUUUAAAUGAGAUCCACGAAUUUCGCCGAGUCUUAAUUAUCAUUUAGUUAAUUUUGUUAUACUUUUUCUUUUGCACGGCCAAAAGAGAAAUCAUUUCCGGAUGAUGCUAUGCACGAACCGUUAAGCGAAAAGAGAAUGCAAGAAAGAUCGAUGACGCUCACGAACUUUCUUUCUAUAACGGCGAAUGUCGUUUUGUAUUUGUAGUAUCUUAAUUUAAUGGCUUUUGGUCGUUAUGAUAUUUAUCUCUUGAAGCGUUGGUCAUUUUUUAAUGUUGAUGGAAUCUACUUAGAUUUUUUACUACGAGAAAAAGCGUUUAUUCUUAUUUAAACGGAACGCUUGUCUUCCAAGGGUCACCGCGACGAAACUGAAGGAAUCACCGAGAAUCUCAAGCGUUAAAAUAUUUGUACAACGUACCAUGGAAAGCGACAAAUAACUGGUAAAUGUCGAUAAGCAGGAGAGAAAAGACGGUAGGAGAAUACUUUUCUUUUAUUAGACUGAAGAAACAUUUCUCAAGUAAGUGAUCGUGGGCUUUUACGAGGUAGCGAGAAGUGAAUUAGACAAGAGGAGAGAAAAUGAUCGUAAUAUUCUAUAUAAAUGUGUAAUAAAACCAAGUCCAAAGAUGUUAUAUAUAUAUAUAUAUAUAUAUAUAUAUUGCGUGUCGCCAGAGAAAGUAUGAUGGCGUGUCCUGUAAUAUAUACUUAGUAGGCUAAUCUUUAGUAUCCCAUAAUAGCAUAAGUUGGUGUAAAUAGCAUAGUGUUAUAAUUAGGGAAGAGGAGCAGAAGAAUUACGAGAAAUAAGACAAAGAUUCAUUAUUUAGAAUA